AUGUCGAACCCCGCCGAAAGAGUCGCAGAAGAUGAAUAUGAGAGACAAAACGAUGACUCUCCUGUGACCGGUGAUUUCGAAGAUAACUCAUAUGUCAGAGAAACAGCGCCAGCCUUGCAAAAUCAGGUUCCUGUCCAGACAGACAAUGAGUCGUUUGAAGAUCCCGUCCAGCCUCCAUACUCCAAUUCUGACCAGCAACUUGCGGAGGACGAGAGGGAGGCGAUCAAUAAGUCCAACAUCAUGAGAGGAGAGCGCCUUCGCCAUGCAAAGCCUCGAACUGCGAACAGGUACAAUGAGGGGCCAGGUGAGGAUGAAUUGCCGGCAGAAGCAAUAUGA